UCGAUAUAUUGAGUCAAACCGCGGGUGGGUAUUCCUCUUCCUAGCUCGUCGCCUUAUAUUUAGAUUGAUUAAAGGCCCUAAACUCUCCUCCUCCUCCUCCCUCCUCCUCCUCCCUCCUCCUGUGUUACCGGCCACCCUAUUUCAUAUCAUCCAUAAGUAGCAGGAGGAGGAAGUGGGGAAUUCAGUGGGGCUCUGAUAACAUACCUAAUUUAUGCCAGUGCUUUGAACGGGGGUUUUUUGGUUCAAGGCAUUUCUGAUUUUCUAGGUGAUUGGGGUUUUCCAGAUCUACACAGAAAAUUAUUAUUUGGGCAUGUGAGGUCUGUUAAGAAGGAGGCUACCGGUAUUUCAAACAGAUCUUCGAAGGCUUUGGUCACCCAGGUACCAAAUCUCAAGAUUAUCAGUUGCAGAAAGUACAGAGUUUGGGAAGAUUUGCAGUUCUUUUCAAAGAACUGAGGAACCAUGUUGCAGUGUGCUGCUCAAAAUAACUUUACAAGCUCAGCAGAAAUGAAGGAAAUGGGCAGGCUAAGAGCUGCAUUAAUGAGGGAAAAAUCUGAUGGAGCAGUCAUAUGCCCGAAACCACGAAGACUUGGAUUGGCAAACCAUCCAACUCCGGAGUUUCCGAAACCCUUGAGAUGGCAUCGCAGCCAUAACCAGGAGUACAGUGAAACAAAUGCUGGAGUAGAGAUUUUGGACAUAGUUCUUAGCAAGAGUGGAUGUGGGGAUCCGUUAAACCUAGGAUGCUCACCACCAUAUUUCUGUGGUUCUCCUCCAAGUCGUGUAGAGAAUCCACUUGUACAUGAUGUGCAGUUCAUUCAUCAGAGAGGGCCAAGCUCACCCUCGCCUCUUUCAAAGCCCAAGUCCUGUGUCAGGGCAUCAUAUGGGUCUAUUCCUGCUGUGCGGGUUGAGGGCUUUGAUUGUUUGGAUAGAGAUACAAGAUGCAGGAUUCCUGCAAUGGCUUAAAUAUAAAUUGCUUCAACAUGCUGAUCUUUACACUGACUGCUGACUAAUCUAUGGGGCAAAUCCGGCAACAGCUUAAGAAUGAUUUGAGUUCUUAACAAUCUUUGUACAUGACUGUAUUCAUAUGAGGGCCUCUUUUAAUGCGUUAGGGUUGUUUGGGGGAUGAAAAGACUGAUUCAAAAGCUUGUGUAGUGAAGCUUUUGAUGUUGUGGUUUGCGAAGUGGGUAUGUUGUCCACUUCGAGCCUCAUCCUAUUGUAUAAGGCUAUAGUGUCUGAAGCCAGUCUUCUUUUCGUUUUUCUUCACUAGGUUUAGAUUUUGUCACCAUGGUGUCCAGAUGCUGUUAUUGUUACUUGCACGGCAAAUCGGAUUGUGAGAGAAGUCUUAGCAGUAAAAUCUUCAGCUAAAGACUUGUAUAUAUCUCCUUAUAAAUACAUAUCAUAGCAAUGGUCAUGUUAAAUUGA